UUCCUAAAUAGGGUUUCCACGGCUCCUAUAGUGUCAUCGAUAGUUGUGAGAAAAGAAGUGAGAGAAGCUAAUUUACUCAGCGAAAAUUUAGAAAAAAGUUUAAAUCAAAUUCGAAUAAGAGCUUUGGAUAAGUUGGAAUCUCUCUAAGUAUCCAUAAGCUGCGUGAAAAUCUGGAAAGUUUGUGGUUUCAGAUAUCUUAACUCGCCCUUAACUCGUUCCAAAAUCUUUGAACAUGACUCAGCAAAUGAAAGAGACUCUUCAAACCAGUGAAGAUACUUCAAGGGAUAUUUCAGUUCCCAGGCCUACUAGUAGUCUGAUCCGACUUAUCCGCAUUGAGCACAACUACAAUUGCAUUAUUCCUGAUAAGCGAACAGAAAUCAAGUCCAAACGAAAUCUACGCCAGUUGGUUGGUUUCUUGAAUGCAGAGAAAAAUCUUGGGCCACUUGACUUUACGGAUUUAAGGCAGCAUACUCUUAGGGCAGAUGGGAUCCUGCAUCGACUUCGUCGAUUUCUAGCCAGCAACCGCAGAUUCAUUGACUUCAGGCCAAUGUCUGUACUACAAGAGGCCAUUGUGGAGCAUUUGGCCAAAGAGAUGCGUUGCUCGACCAGAUUUUAUGACGAUCACGAUGGCGGGCGGUACUUGGUUGCCUAUAGGCCCGGAAUCGAACCCAAUUCCUUUGAGUUAAGGGCUCGCGAAGUUAGCCCUAGCAAGGAUUUUAAUCAGACCAUGUGCCAGCAGAUAGAGAAGCCAGAAAGCCACCAGAAAACAUACGGAGACCACCAGAUGGGCCACGUGGUAGAGAACUCCUUUCAUCUGGGCAGGAAAAUCUUUGAGAAGUUCCAUUCCCAAAGAAAUUCCCUACGACGGAAUGAAAAAACGUGAAGAAUGUAGAGUUGUUGUAAUUUAUACGAUUGAUUUAAAAUAUAUUUUUAUACAUAAGGCAGCUUGGGUUGAUCAGAUUUCAAGUAGCUUAAGUACGAAAAAUCCACAAGUGUGCAAUAAGAA